CAUCCGCACUAUUCAAGCGCGGUUUCUGACGUUCGGUCGUGUGUGGCCACGCUCUUGACUGAGUCGGAUAGCCUGAGUGCUAGUUAGUGGAGUACCGUGUGCGAAAAUAUCGUUGCAAGUCCAAGGUUGUUUGGCGUGUUAGUUUUGUAACGCUAGUGUUUAAAGCUAUCAAAUAUCACUUUGCGGGCUUUGAUAGGCUUUUAUCUUGCGAAUCAACCACAUUAAUCUUAUUCUACCGCUUAGAAAAUAUUGGCCUGUAAGCCAUGUCUGGUGGCAGUAGCGUGAUCCGAGGCCCAGCUGGGAACAACGACUGCCGAAUCUAUGUGGGGAACCUGCCCCCCGAUAUCCGCACGAAAGAUGUCGAAGAUGUGUUCUACAAAUACGGUGCGAUUCGAGACAUCGACCUUAAAAAUCGCAGAGGAGGACCUCCGUUUGCCUUCGUCGAAUUUGAGGACCCAAGGGACGCUGAAGACGCGGUGUACGGACGCGAUGGCUACGACUACGAUGGUUACCGUUUAAGAGUUGAAUUUCCCAGGAGUGGAAGGGGAAUGGGCAGAGGUGGAUUUGGAGGAAUGGGUGGGGCCCCCAGAGGCCGCUAUGGACCCCCGUCCAGGCGUUCAGAAUACAGAGUCAUAGUUUCAGGGCUUCCCCCCAGUGGCAGCUGGCAGGACCUGAAGGAUCACAUGCGUGAAGCAGGUGAUGUAUGUUAUGCUGAUGUAUUCCGCGAUGGGACUGGUGUUGUGGAAUUUGUGCGAAAAGAAGACAUGACCUACGCCGUUCGAAAGCUGGACAACACUAAAUUCCGCUCACACGAGGGUGAAACUGCAUAUGUGCGGGUGAAGGUGGAUGGCCCUCGCAGCCCCAGCUAUGGAAGGUCACGCUCCCGCAGUCGUAGCCGGAGCCGCAGCAGGAGCAGGAGCAGGAGCAAGAGCCGCAGCUACUCCCCUCGUCGCGGUCGCGGGUCUCCCCAGUACUCCCCGCGCCAUAGCCGUUCCCGGUCCCGCUCCUAAACGCUACAGAGCGGAUCCGAGCAUUGACGCUUUAGGUGGAACCCUGUUGUCAAACCACCACCUCCCCUCCCCUUCCCUUUUGUUUUUACCCACUCUGUUUUUUUGACGAGUCCAUAUUUUAAUUUCGUUUUUUCUUUUUGUCCCUCCCAUCCCUCCUUCAUAUCCUUGAUGUUUUUUUGGUGGACAUCUUGGUAUGUUGUAUCUCUGCUCCCACAUCUUUCACCUAGUCCUCAGACCCUAUUUGUCAGGCUCUGGUUCUAUUUAAAGUGCGUUUUACCCGAUUCAGCUUUUUUCUUUUUUUUUUAAUAAAAGAAAUGGAAGUCUUUCUUAUCCAGCAAGUUUCAAAUAUUGAGCUGUAAUGAGUUCCACUGCUCUUGUGUCCUUUGGAUUUGGUGGGUUGUCAUUAUUACAAAUGUGGAUUUUACUGUCUUCCUAUAGAUGUCUGACAAGAUGGAUUAAAAAUCUUUGGAAUAAAGGUUUUAUGGAGCACAUCUCAUUCAUUAGGAUAACCCAGUAGCAGGUAGAUGUAUUAUGUGUAGGCAAUAGUUUGAGUACAUGUAACAAUAGGGAAAAGUUUUCUUUCGGCAUUUGAGAAUUUGUCUUUUGACUUAAAUGUAUAAGGUAGGCUUUGUGUGCAUUUUUUGUUUGUUUUUUUCAUGAACAUGGUAAAUAACCAUUCAGCAUAAGUCUGACCUUUUAAACUCAAUAGAGAAGUAUAGGAGAAUUUUUUUAUUUUUUUUUCCCCUCCCCUCUUGCUUGAAAUUACUUGGUAGCUUUUGAUCGACAGUUUGAUUACAAAUGCUCUCAGUUCCACUUUUGGAGUCUCGUAAUUAAGCUUUAUUAUAGUUGCAUGUUUUGAGAAAUUGAGGAAGAAAAGAAUUGGCACAGUCGUGAUUCUAACUUGCCUCCUCUUUUUGGUUUUUGCUGGUAUUAAAGGUUUGGAAUGGAGGAGUGGCUCUGUGGAUCCCAAUCCGUGAAGCCGGAUCGUUGGAUCAUUUCAAAAUCAGGAUUAGCAUAGGGAAUACUGGAUGCAUGGAGCGGGAUCAAUUUACCUGGGACGUAGGAUUGGAGCCCUCAUCAGUAAUGGAAAUCUAGAUCGAACGACUUCUUGCAAUUGGCAGUUUUUCUUCAACUCGAUUAACACGUUAGAUGGCACAUGGUUGGAGGAUUUUUUUUAUUUUUAUACAAGGGAAGCAGAGGAUGAACUGAGAGGCGGGAUCAGUUGCAUUGGAUGGAGUCAUCAUAAGUCUGGUAAAUUGGGUUGGGGUCUGUCGUGGGUUUAUUUUUUUUCUUUCUUUUUUUUCUUUCAGACAGCAGAAUCUAAAUACUGGCUUACAAGUAUUUCCAUUAAGGCCUUUUAUUCCACCACAAUAAAGUUUUUGAAUUAAAGUAA